AUGAACAUAGCUGAUAUUGUGCAAGAAAAAGAAGAUACCCCUGUCGUCAAUGGAGCUCUGGCGAGAGAGGAACAUACUGAAUCAGAAGUGAAACAAGAAUCAUUGCAGCCUUCACCACAACCGGAACCACAAGUUACAGUAGAAGCUAAUGGAACUCCACGAGGCACGACACCAACGCCGCAAUUACAAAGCAAACAGGUGAAACAGGAACCCAGAUUUCCGGAUUCCAACCUACCUCCAUUACACGAAAUAGUUGGAGGAUCAUCCAUACGAAGGUAUUUGAACAAGCAUUUGACACAACAUUUGCUAGAUGGAUUGAAAGAAGUUGGAAUGGUUAAACCGGAUGACCCUUUGAAGUACCUCGGGGAGUUCCUAAUUGCAAGGUCCGACGAGGAAAGAGGAAAAAGUCAGGAGGAGAGCUAA